UAUUGUGCUCACUUGCCAACAGACAUAAAAUAUGAAAAAAAUGUUGUUUGAAGAACAGAAUUCACAAAAAUCUGUCUUUAUUCUCUAAGACAGUUUCAUCUAGGUGUUUGAAACCAAUAUGCACAUAAAAAAACAGACGUAUUUAAAACUUGAAGUUACUUUGAUAUCGCCCCUUGAGCCAAUUUCCCAUGUGACAACCAGCUCCGGUCUCUUCUACAUGUCCAAACAGAAGCAUUGUGUUGUUUCGGAACAGAUACACAUAUAUAAUUCAAAAGCAUUUAAUCGAAGCUAUCAGGUUCAGCAGAGUUCAACAGACGACAUGAACACAUCGAAGUGUCACACGUCUACCAGACACUAGUGACCAGGAAGACCAGCAUAGUUUGGUAGCACCCACAGCUAUUUUUAAGCCUGGCAACCACACAAUGUUCAGCUGCAACCUGACGCUCUGUGUCUAGUCACGUUGUGAGUGAGGGUUCCAGGCGGUUAGUGUUGUUCUCUCAGACUUUACCCAUCCAGCAUUACCCAGGCAUGUCUAGGGAAGAGCUUGUACUCUCCAUGGUCUCCUGCAACCUGGAGUCUCCUAUCUAUAGUGACUGGACAAUGAAAAACAAGGAAAAUGUCAAAUUGGAGAAAACGGUGGACAGGGCAUUAGAAGGAAGCUCUGGAGAUGAAUCCGAGGAGGUGGAACCCGAGCCCCCACCGGUAGCCGUACGAAGAAAGGUGUCGUUUGCGGAUGCCUUUGGACUGGACCUGGUUUCUGUGAAGGAGUACGACAACCGGGAUUCAUCAAGGCUGGAUGCAGAUGGUAGAGAGGGUGAGGAGUACUACAUCUCAUGCCUCUUCAAUGUCCCAGCGUUGCACCAGGACAUGGAGGUGAGACUUCAGCAGCAGAAGCUGGAACUGGAGCGCAUCGAAUUGCUCCCUAGAUCCACCACGAUCCGGGGCAUCGUUCGCGUGCUUAACCUCUGCUUCCACAAGGCCGUCUACAUCCGCGUCACUCUGGACGGCUGGCAGAGCCACUUCGACCUGCUGGCGGAGUACAUGCCUGGGUCCAGCGAUGGCGAGACUGACUGUUUCUCUUUCCACCUGGUGUUGACGCCUCCAUUCCAGGUCGAAGGGUUGCGGGUGGAGUUCUGUCUGAGGUACGAAAGUGCUGUUGGAAGCUUCUGGGCCAACAAUGGAGGGACGAACUACAUUGUCUUCUGCCACCAAAGACGAAGAAGUGAUCUGAAAGAGAAAGAGAAUGAAAAGGAGAAGUUGGUAGAGGAGAGUAACCAAAAAAGUAUCAGGAGCUGCCUUAAAACAAUCAGUAAAAAGAACUACUCGGACGCGACACCUGCAGAGGCGAGUGGUGAGACCUCAGAACAAGUCACACCCAAGGUCGGGCAUACUAGGGAGAACAAAACAGAGAAAGAAGCAGGAAUCAAUUCCUGGAAAUCCCUUAAGGACUGCUGCAAAACUCUGGUGGAUCGUCGUAGGAAACGUCAAGCUGCUCGUUUGGCUCGCGUGCAGGACUACUUUGCUCAGAAAGCAAUGGAAACCCAGAUGGGAUGUAAUUCCAACACAGAUGAAAGUACCACAUCCAUCCCAAAGCUGUCUAUACCAAGUAGAACUGACUUGCCAGUUGUCAACAGCCGACAAGGAUGCAGUAUGGACACGCCACCAAUACUAAUGUACCACCAGAUCCCUUUGCUUUCCCUGGAUUGGAGCAGUACCACAACAACACCCCCCCAAGCAAACCCUCCAGAUGCCUGCAGUAAAACAAGACAUCAGGUUGAAGAUCGCCUAGCCAUAUCUGCUUCUGGGGCCUGGGAAACUUUUCUUAACAGCACUGAUAUGCAGCACCAAGUAUGUGUUCCUCCAGAGUCAGAAGUUGUAGUCCCAAUGGAGGAUGAGGGAGCUGAGAAAGACCACAGUCAAGAGUCUCCUGACAGGAAAGCAAUGGAAACUGUAAAUUCUGUUCCCGUAGAGCAAUCAAAGGAUCUCAGCACGAGUCCUAGAGAUCAGGUUGUGGAUUACCAACUAGUGAAAGAGCCAAGGGUCACUACCCUACCAUGUUCUGCACAGGGAUCGGAGCCAGAGAGGGCGGGAAGCGAGUUAGAGGCAUCUCAUGACCGCCAAGCCCCACAUCAAGAGCACACAAGCGGAUCUUUGAGUCAAGACACGACCAAAGCAAACCCUGGGGACAAAACUCGAACCGCAUGUGACACCGAGACUCAGAAUUCAGAAGCCGGAGAUGGAAUCUCACCUGAAGAAUGCACAGGCAGCUCCGACACCUCAAAGGUUAAAGAAAACACACAGAGAGCGGUCAAAGACUCCCUGACAUUUACGGGGAUCAUGGACGUGCCAUUCACAAAUAGACAGGCCGAGGGAUCUUCUUCAGAAAGGAAGGAUAUAAAUAAAGAUGCUAGCGAGGAGCAGGUGGAAAUGAGGGCGUUCUGUAGAGAACUACAUGAAGAGGACACGGAAAGCAGUAGAAAAGGACAAGAUGAGACAACUACGGAUCACAGCGCAGAAAUACAGAGCGUUUCAUCGUGUGAGAGCGAGGCAUUUAAUAAGAACGAAUUAUGCACGUCGAACAAGAGUUUUAACAAAGACAAUUCAGAGCUACUGAAAAAUGAAGAGAGGCGUUUUGAGACAAAUGAAGGACUUAAAAUGAAGGAGCGACUGAAUGAGACGACUAUAGAAGCUGCUAGUGUUGAAGAGGAUGAAAUGCAUUCAGAAGAGCUUAUAGAGGCCUCCCGAGCAGUGGGUGACAAUUGCACAGAUGGAGAAGAGAAAGAGUUUGAGAUUCAUGCUACCACAUUUGCACCCGCCCACUUACCUCCCUAUCCAACUGUUAGCACUGACCCAUCCAGGCCCCUCCUUCGGACAGCAUCUGCAAAGGAAACUUCUGCAGAGGAGGACUUUGAGCUUGGAAAGACCCUCAGAAACUUUCAAGAACCCCAGCGACUGGACGGAGAGGAUGAACUCUCCACGCCGUUACCCAGCAUUCACAUGUCCUGGGUGGGCGGCAACAGCAGUAGGCUGUUGAGAGAAUUCUGCUCGCUGGGUCACACGGCCAAGGCUCUUGUGUAUGCUAUUCUGUUUGUGAUCUUCAUAACGGCGUAUCUCUACGACCUGCCAACAUGCAUGGCACUCUAUCUGUUUUCUCUGUGCUGGUGGUGCAGCCAGGGUAUGAAGCAACGUCUGGAUGUGGCUGUUGAUGUGGACUGAGACCAGACAGGAAGUUCUUGAAAGGUUGUUGUCAAAUUAUGUGCGACUCUGAAAUGAAAAGUGACACAAAGUGAUUCUAUGGGCCCAAUAUCACUUGACAAAAUGAGGUUUAAGAGGCAUUUUUGUUGGUUUCUUUCUUCUCAAUUGUGUUCCCAUUAAAAGUCCCAUUUAAAACAGGAGUCUUUUAAUGUGAUACUUAACUAAGCGAGAAUUGGACUUUAGAAAUAAAGUGUGACCUUUUUUGCAAACAAAUUCAUACACCUAAGCACAGUUUAAUUAUGACUGUACACAAAAUAAUUUCUUCAUGAGCCUUAGUAUUAAAAAGUGUCACAAGGAACAAUAUUCAGUCCAAACUUUUGACUGGUACUGUACCUUUAUGUAAUGUUUUACUGGGUUCAUACAAAGGCACGUUGAAUGCACUGAGGACACAGCUGAAUUUCAUGUCUCUUUGGGGAUGUGUGUGACUGACGUGACAUUUCCUGCCAAUCCCAUGAUGUCUCUGUUCCCAAAAGAGAGAGGGAGAGAUACGAGGUCUGGGGAAAGGACGGGGCUUCUCGCCCUUCUGAUCUGUGAACAUAACUCUAAGUAAUUCAUACCUAAAAGCCUUAAAAACAUAGUUUAUACACAAGUGAAAAUUACCCUCAUUUACUCACAAUCACGUCUGGUGAAACACAAAAUGAGUUUUGCAUGCUCUUCUCCAUGCAGUUACAACAAAUGGAGACCCAAGCUUUAAAAUGCCAUUAAAACAUCAUAAAGUAUCAUAAAAGCAGUCCAUAUGUGAAUACGGUGCAAUCUAUAAUGAGCCUAAUUUACAUAGAAACAUGGUGUGCUUGGGCUCAAAAGAAUGGCACGAUUUUUACGCCUCGUUGAACUGGAUUAUGGGUAUUUAGUGAGACAGACGCAUAAUUUUGAGCUGAAAUACGACACUGUUUAUUGAAUUUGCCAGUGUGUUGGUCUUUGCAUGUGCUUGUUUUAGUUGUGGGCAAAUGCAUGAUCUCUGUUUAUAUGUGAGUGUGUAAUAGAGAUGUGUGUGUGUGUGUGUUGCUGCAGUCAUAUGAUCCAGUCUACUAUGACUCUGACAUUUCGGUGUAUUUAAGAGGACAGCAUAAAUGUACACAAUGAACCAAGCUGGUUUAUGCUGGUUAGAGCUGGUCUGGUGACUGGAAGAGCAGAAAAAGUAUACUGUAUUACCAUCUAAUGACAUUCAAAGGGCAUCUAAACGUCUCAAAUGUGUUUUUAAACUUAUCUAUGGCUAAUAAUGUCAUAAAAUGCACAUUUAUGUGCGGUCCUUCUGUUUUAUGUAUUUACAUUGCAUACAGUGCUUAACCCUUUGCAGAUGAUCUAAGCAUUCACACAUGGUAUUUUAUGUUGGU